AUGAGUCAACAAUUCCAGUUUCUCUGUAGCAACUUUAGUUUGGAAAAUUCCAUGCUGAUUGUUGAUGGAGCCCCUGGUCAUUCACCACAUGCUCAAAAGCAAGAGGAGGAGGAGGAGGAGCCUGAGAAACCGAAAAGAAGUUGCUUCUUAAAGGUGAAGGAAUGGGCCAAAAACUUGGUACGCCAUAGAAACAAAAGUCUUCCAAGUGAUAGAACAGUAGCGACAGUGUCCCAAGUGGAACAAAGCACUAGCCUUCAUUUGGAAUGCGAUUAUAUCCAACAAAUGACUCAAAAUGUAAGCUCUUCAGCAAGAUAG